AUGGGAUUGCUUUCUCUUGGGACUCCCCUAGAUUGGCAUGAGUCCAAGAAAUAUAAUGAGCAUGUGAGGAACAAUGGUAUUAUACAGUUGAUCAACAUUUUUAAACAGCACAAGUCUAGAGAUAAUGAUUUGUUUUAUUGGGGAGAUGAGGUAGAGUAUAUGCUUGUUAAAAUCAAUGAAAUAGAAAAGCGUGCGUGCUUGUCUAUCGACUGUGAUUAUAUAUUGUACGACCUUAAUGCAGAGGAAAAGUCGUUGCAUAAAGCAACGGAGAACAAUAUAUCAUUUCAUCCUGAAUAUGGUAGAUAUAUGAUUGAGGCGACACCUGCUAAACCCUAUGAUGGGAAUUCCUUGGAUGACUAUUUAUAUGUCGAACAGAAUAUGAUGAAACGCAGAGACAUAAGUCAAGGCGAGCUUCCCGAUAAUGUCAGGCCAUUGACAAUAACCAGUUUCCCAAGAAUGGGUUGUGGUAACUUCACAUCUCUUCCGUCUAAGCCAAUAGGACCAGCAUCGCAAUCUUUGUUUCUACCAGAUGAAAUUAUCAAUAGACAUGUAAGGUUUCCCACUUUAACGGCAAAUAUUAGAAAGAGACGUGGGUCAAAAGUUGCUAUAAAUCUUCCUUUGUAUCCCGAUGUUUAUACUAAGUUGCUAGAUGACUCAAUCGUUAAAAGAGACCUUUUUAAAAGCGAUGAGGAACCAUUUAUUGGUGCUGCGGAGCCAGGUCAUGUUUACAUGGAUUCUAUGGGAUUUGGGAUGGGAUCCUCCUGCUUGCAAGUCACUGUACAAGCGAAGAAUAUUGUUGAAGCCAGAUACUUGUAUGAUUCGCUCGCUUCGAUCACCCCAAUCAUGCUUAGUCUAACAGCAGCAGCUCCUAUUUUCAAAGGAUAUUUGGUGAACCAGGACGUGAGAUGGAAUGUGAUUAGUGGCGCUGUCGAUGAUAGAACUUUUAUAGAAAGAGCGGUGCACCCCUAUCCACAUUAUAAUCCAUUUGGAGGUCUUGACAUUGACAAAGCGGACAUUAACAAAACAGAUUAUACUGUAAACUCUUAUGGGGAUUACAAGAACAUGAAGACGAGAGACGGUAAACCAAUUCAAAAGAUACCAAAAUCACGGUACGAUUCUAUUGACUCUUACCUCGGAGAUACUGAUUAUGGCACAUCUUAUUUCAAAGAGUCCUACAACGACUUGAGGUCUCCAAUUAAUAAAAAAGUCUAUGAUACGCUCUUGAACACAGGGAAUUUUGACCCUAUUUUAGCGCAGCACUUUGCUCACUUGUUCAUUAGGGAUCCUCUCGUAAUAUUUAGUGAGAGAAUCAAUCAAGAUAAUGAAUUGGAAAAUGACCAUUUCGAAAAUAUUCAAUCAACAAACUGGCAAACUUUGAGGUUCAAACCACCUGCGUUAUACAGACCCGAAGAGGAUCUACUGACAACUCCUGGAUGGAGAGUUGAGUUUCGUCCAAUGGAAAUUCAAUUAACUGAUUUUGAAAAUGCCGCUUACGCAGUCUUUAUUGUAUUGGUGUCAAAAGCGAUCCUUAAAUUCAAGCCAGAUUUUUACAUCCCGAUCCUGAAGAUAGAUGAAAACAUGGGAACAGCUCACCGCGUCGAUAGUGUCAAAACUGAAUCAUUUUGGUUCAAAUCAUAUAGCCAUUGCAAUUUAAAAAAUAAUGAGUUUAUCGGUUAUGAUUUGAGCUGGUUUGAUAGAUAUCUCUCUGAAGGAAAUGAUGCUUUAGAUCACGAUAAGGUUUACAUUAAUGGCUACCUGAAUGGCUCGGACUCUUCUAACAAGCCCUCAUGUAACGAGUUGCUAUAUUCAAUCAAUGAUGUUAUUAACGGAAAUGAGUCAUUCCCGGGAUUACUUAGACUUGUGAUCAAGUUCGUAGCUACUGAACUCACACCACAUGAUCAUACCUGCCACUCGAAACUGUUGGCUGAGAAAUUACUCCGAAUCAAAAGUUAUUUAAUGGUCAUUUCACAGAGAGCAAGUGGAAAGAUUCCAACAACUGCCCGUUGGAUACGUGACAAAGUAUUAUCCUCUCCACAUUACUCUCAGGACUCUAAGGUGAAUGAGAAAUUAAACUACGACCUCAUGAAAGAUGCUGCCGCGCUUUCAGAGUGCCUUGACGUAGAAUUGCACAACUCUCUUCUCGGAGAAGAAAUAACUGAUUAUUUAUAUAAAAAUUAG